AUGAACCUGGGGCUGGGCUGUGUGUGUCGGCCGGUGAGCUGGCCUUUUGGCAGCGUGUUGGACUCCAGAAACUGCGUCUUUGCCCUCACACUCCUCACACUCCUCAUGCAAGUGGUGGUGGAGGCCAAUUCAUGGUGGUCUCUGGCCAUGAACCCUAUGCUGAUCCCUGAGGCCUACAUCAUCGGUGCCCAGCCUCUGUGCAGCCAGCUGGUGGGCCUGUCACAGGGCCAGAAGAAGCUGUGCCAGCUCUACCAGGACCACAUGCAGUACAUCGGUGAAGGUGCCAAGACGGGCAUCAGAGAGUGCCAGUACCAGUUCAGACAUCGACGCUGGAACUGCAGCACUGUGGACAAUUCCUCUGUUUUUGGGCGGGUCAUGCAAAUAGGCAGUCGAGAAACGGCAUUUACUUAUGCCAUCAGCGCAGCAGGGGUGGUGAACGCAGUGAGCCGUGCCUGCAGAGAGGGGGAGCUGUCCAGCUGUGGGUGCAGCCGUGCGGCUCGCCCCAAAGAUCUGCCACGAGACUGGUUGUGGGGUGGCUGCGGAGACAACCUCAACUAUGGCUACAGGUUCUCCAAGGAGUUUGUGGAUGCCCGCGAAAGGGAGAAGAGCUAUCCCAAAGGCUCGUUUGACAGUGCCCGGCUGUUGAUGAAUAUUCACAAUAAUGAGGCUGGAAGAAGGACGGUAUCAGAUCUUGCCCACGUGUCCUGCAAGUGCCAUGGGGUAUCAGGCUCAUGCAGCCUUAAGACCUGUUGGUUACAGCUGGCUGACUUCCGCAAGGUUGGUGAUGCACUGAAGGAGAAGUACGACAGCGCAGCAUCCAUGAAGCUCAACACCCGUGGAAAGCUGGUGCAGAUACACAGCAAGUUCAAUGCUCCCACGAGUCACGACCUGGUGUACAUUGAGCCCAGUCCAGACUACUGCCUGAGGAACCAAAGCACAGGUUCCCUGGGCACAGUUGGGCGUCUUUGCAACAAGACCUCGGAGGGCAUGGAUGGAUGUGAGCUGAUGUGCUGCGGCCGUGGUUACGACCAGUUCAAGGCCCAGAUAGUGGAGCGCUGCCACUGCAAGUUCCACUGGUGCUGCUACGUCAAGUGCAAGCGCUGCACCAAAAUCGUAGACCAAUUUGUCUGCAAGUGA